AUGCAGUGUACAGAGGCUGGAAAGCCUUUAAUUAAAUUCGGCCACUGUAAGAAAUACAUCUACAGCUUCAGUGUGCCCCAAAGCUGCCCCCUCUGCCAGCAAGUCAUGGGCUCAAGGAAGCUGGAGGAAGCACCUGUUAGCAUCUCCAAUCCAUUUACCAACGGGCAUCAAGAAAAAUGUUCAUUCCUCCUCAGACCAACUCAAGGGACGUUCCUUAGGGAGUACGACGGAAGGUCCGAUCUUCAUGUCGGAAUAACCAAUACAAAUGGAGUUGUGUAUAAUUACACCAUGCACGGCGUCCAGCGAGAUGAAGCAGGGUGGGAGCAGAGUGUAAGCAUCCCAUUACUGCAGCCUGGCAUGUUUGGACUAAUGGAUCAGUGGGACAAGUACCUGGAAGACUUCUCCACCACGGGGGCCUGGCUGCCCCAGAGGUAUGAAGAAGACCGUCACAACUGCUACAGUUACACCCUCACAUUCAUUAACUGCAUUCUGACCACAGAAGGCAAGGAGCAACUGGGCAAAGACGAGUUCAUUGAGAAGUAUGUGGUUCCAAGGACGAGGAAGGCCUCCAAGUACAUCACACUGUACCGGGUGAUAGAAGAGCAUGGCUUCUACGUGACCGACCACCCUGAUGAUGAGACAAACCCUCCUGAGGGGAGCGGUGCGUGCUGA